CGAUUGGCUGGGCCGCGGUCACGUGAGGCGGAGGCCGCUGGCUCGAGACAAAUAAACAUGGAGUCUAUCUUCCACGAGAGGCAAGAAGGUUCAUUGUGUGCUCAGCACUGUCUGAAUAACCUACUACAAGGGGAGUAUUUUAGCCCAGUGGAGUUAUCUUUUAUUGCGCAGCAGCUGGAUGAAGAAGAGAGGAUGAGAAUGGCAGAGGGAGGAAUGUCUAGUGAAGAGUACAGAACAUUUUUACAGAACUGUUCAGUGAUUCCCACUUCUGUUUUUUUUCCGAUACUUAACCCUGAGCAGCAACCUUCUGGAAAUAUGGAUGACAGUGGAUUCUUUUCUAUUCAAGUUAUAAGCAAUGCCUUGAAAGUUUGGGGUUUAGAACUAAUCCUCUUCAACAGCCCAGAGUAUCAGAGGCUCGGGAUCGACCCUAUAAAUGAAAAAUCAUUUAUUUGUAAUUAUAAGGAACACUGGUUUACAGUUCGAAAGUUAGGAAAACAGUGGUUUAACUUGAACUCUCUCUUGACGGGUCCAGAACUAAUAUCAGAUACAUACCUUGCACUUUUCCUGGCUCAGUUACAACAAGAAGGUUAUUCUAUAUUUGUUGUGAAGGGUGACCUACCAGAUUGUGAGGCUGACCAACUAUUGCAAAUGGUUCGGGUACAGCAGAUACAGCGACCAAAAUUGAUUGGGGAAGAGACUGCACAAUCAAGAGAUCAGAGGUUGCAGAAAAGUAACCUGGACCAAGCUGUAGAAGUUAACCAUCCAUUUGAUGGGACAGGCAUGUUAGAUGAAGAUGAGGAGAAUUUCCAAAAAGCCCUUGCUCUAAGUCGGCAGGAAAUUGAUAUGGAAGAUGAAGAAGCUGAUCUUCGUAGAGCCAUUCAACUUAGCAUGCAAGGAGAUCAUCGAAAUGAGUUCUCAGGGUCUGUAUCACGGAAUAUUUCACAAUCAACUAGUACAAGUCUGACAGAGUCUCUUUCUUCAGAAGAACUGCGAAGGAGAAGACAGGCAUACUUUGAAAAGCAGCAACAACAGCUACAGCAACAAGAACAUGCCUCAAACCUAUACGAUAAACCAACUACAAGUUCAGAUGCACUAGGAAUGGACCCAGGGGGUGAUAUGAGUGAAGAAGACAUGCUUCAAGCAGCCAUGAAUAUGUCUUUGGAAAGUGUUAGGAACCACUUGAAUACAGAAGAAAAGAAAUGACAAAAUGUUUUUUUCUGAUGUCAGAACACUCGUAAUCUCCAUUAUAAUAUUCCUGUGUGGAUGUUCUACAGGCAGGGUUCAUUUUAGAGAUGCUGGAAUCUGUCUGUUGUCCUGCUCCAGAUGGAAAAGAGGAAAUCACAAAUAACAAAAACUUCGUAGAAUUUAGCAAACUAUGGCCCUGAUACUGCAGAAUACUUAGAAAUGUAUGUAUGUUUUUUCACCUGAGUAAUCUUUAAAAAUCAGUUAAACUAUUCACAUGAAUGAAGUUAUGCAUGUGCUCUAGAGCUUUGUUGGGAUUAUUUACCUAAUUUAAACUAUUUUUCUAAAUUUAAGCUGCUUAGAGAAUUUAGCACAAAAUUCAAUAUUAGUAACUUUUUAAAGUGAACUCAGAUACCCUUCAGUAAUAAUUUAAUAAAUACAUUUAAAUAUUGCAUUUUAAAUCACUUAUGGAAUGUACUGCUAAAUUUAGAGAUGAGUAAUGUUUGACAUUUGAAACAUUUACAUUCUUUGUGUUCUUUAUAGUCUAGAACCUGAGUUCACGGUUCUAUGUCUCCUGCAGGGAUUCUUUCAAGCUGGAAUCCAGCUACCUGCUAUACAGUUUUGUGUGUGAAUUAUCUGAUCAGUUCUUCAGAAGAAACACAAAAGCAUGAGUUUAGGUCCUGACAGGCCAAAGAAAAUCUUCAGUGUAUUUCCAAUUUUACUGCUGCAUUAGAAUCCUUUAAUGUCUUAAGAUCUUAGGCCUUUUUUAUUAUUGUUAUUAUUUAUUUUAAGUUUUGGUUUUAAAGUAAUUUGAAAAAAAUAUCUUGCAAGUAAGGUUCAUGCCAUCCUGUUUCCAGUUUUCUUACUUUAGAUGACUUGGGUUUCUAGUUAAUACUACUGGCUUGACUGGAGAAUGAGUUUCUUAUGUGUGAUGGGAAAAUGGUGUUCAGUGGUGUGCUAAAGAAAUUCUUUUUUUUUCUACGUCUCCUGUCUACUAUGGGUUUUUCUUUGGUUUUGACUUUUUAGGGUUUUUUAUUUGUUUGUUUUGUUUUUUAAUCAUUUUGAGGUCUCUUCCUCUGCUCUGGCUUCUCUCCAUUCCUUCCUUUGCAUUACUGGUUUUAAUUGUAAUCUCUGAAUCAGAGAGUUCACCAAACUGAAUAUAGAGAAAAAGAAAAAGGAAGGAUUUAAAUGCCAUAACUUCAGUGCCACAUACCUAAAGUGCAUCCCAGCAAUCUGAAAUGAUCCCUGUGCAAGUAGCUGUAUUAGGAUUGAAUAUUUAUGUCUGUUUGUGUGUGCCUGUUUUUUUUUUCCUUAAAUGCUUUUUAUGAGCGUUUUCUAUCGUUUGCAGCUUUUUUCAGGAAUGGCCUUUAUUCACGCACCUUACAUAUUUUUUUUGUCAUGCUGUUUCUGAUACUUGGAAAGCAAAGUAUGCAAGCAAGUACUGUUGGUUUUUUAUGACUUACAUUUGGAUUUCCAAGAUGAAUGUGUAAUAGAGUGACCAAAUUUUGCCUGCAGCUUUACUGCAACAGUUCAAACAUGCUCCUCUUUAAUUGAUGGUGCUUUUAAAUAUAAAUUCUGUUUACAUAUGCAUUAUUUGGAAAUAUGUUGUACAGUUUUUAAGCUGUAUACCACUUACUAUAUAAGAAGUUGCCACUAACAUUCUAAGAGUCAUUUUUUGAAAAAAAUCUUAAUUAUUUACCAGAAUAUUUAAAAUUAUAUCAUUUUACCGUAGUCAUGUAUUUAAUUAAAAUGCAUUAUUAGUAGUUAUUCAGUGGAAGCAAACAUUCAGCACCAAGAAGUACUGUAUACAAACGGGCCUUGAAUUUCUUGUAAAUGUUUGUUGAUGGCUUUUUGAUGGCUUAGAAUAUUGCUAUACUGUAGGCCAAGUCUUGAUUCCAUUUCUUGCUUGCUUAAUUUCCACUGAUGUCAGUGGGACCAUAUGUGUGAGUAAGGGAAUCUGGAUUUAGCUGUAGAAGAGUGGUGAUUUUAAAAAUUGCUUUACAUUCUACCAUUCUCAUCCUUUUUAGGGAACACUGCUGUGUGGUUAACAGUCCAACUAAAUCAGCAAAAUCCUUGGACUACUUUGCUACCCCUGCUGCACAAAGCUAUUGAAACAAAGUAACUUCAUU